CGUCUUUCUAUGUCACUACGUAGCCUUGGUGGCCUACGUUGAACAUGAAGAUGCCAUUUCUAGCAAGGCCUUACCUCCUAUCAGCUGCCGUCAGACGUAUAUUACAUCCUCCAUCUGCCGGCAUGGCAACCAACGCUCCUGGCAAAGAUAGCCAACUCUUCGAAUACACUCGCGGACGCUUCCUCCUUGAUGAGGACAAGCAAAUGGCGCGUCGACGGGUGCAGUUCAGUCUGGAUGGGCUCGCAUCCGUCGCAGCGACGUCAGUUGGCGCUAAUCGCUGCAUACCUACUACCAUGGACAAUGGCAAGGAAGUUAUUGCCAAGAUUCCAAAUCCCAAUGCCGGCAUACCUUACUACACCACUGCGAGCGAAGUUGCAACAAUGGACUUUGCGCGCAAUAUACUCCAGACCCCAGCGCCGCACGUAUACGCCUGGAAUGCCCGCGUUGACGAGAGGAAUUCUGUCGGGGCCGAAUAUAUAGUUAUGGAGAAGAUGCCCGGGGUUCCUCUCUCAAAGGUGUGGUGGGAUUUGCAGCCAAACAAGAAACUCAAGAUCCUUUUACAGGUUGUCGACUAUCAGAGGAGAUGGACCCACACCAAGUUUACUGGAUUUGGGAGUCUAUAUUAUGCCAAAGAUGUCGACCCACGACGCCAGGAUCCGCUAUAUGUCAAGGAUGGGGAAGCCGUUACGGAUUCUCAGUUCGCGAUCGGCCCCUCUGUCGCGCGUGAAUGGAGUGAUGAAGGGCGGGUAAACAUCAAAUGUGAUAGGGGCCCAUGGGAUUGUAUCUUAGAUUACCGGGAAGCUAUUGGUCUUCGCGAAAUGGCGGCCAUCAAAGAACUUAACCAUGUGCCAAAACAGAUGGCAAUGGUGUACGGCCCUACACCUUUAUACCAACCUACCGCGCAGAAAAAACUCGCAGCCCUAGGCUACUAUUUUCAGAUCCUGGAGUCUUUGCUGUGUGAGAAUGCUUUGCCAACCGAUGGUCAUCUAUGGCACAAUGAUCUACACCAUGAAAACAUUUUCGUGGACCCAGAAGAGUUGAAGGUUCUUGGCAUCAUUGACUGGCAAUCUGUUCAAAUAGCCCCCCUAUUUGACCAUUGCGUCGACCCUUGUUUUCUCGACUACAACGGCCCUGACGUAGGGGACAAUCUUGGGCGCCCAGCAAUGCCUGAAAGCAUCAAAUCAUUGCAAGGCGAGGAAAAGACUGCGGCACUCAAUGAAUUUCUGGACAAGGCACUCAUGAUUGCCUGGCGUAGCCUGGUUCGGAGCAAGAAUCCAGAACAGUAUCGCAUGAUCAGAUUUCAACAAUCCCCAAGCGCAAAUCUCCUCCAUCUUUCUCGCCGCAUAUUUGAACUCGGAGAAGCUCACUUCUGCGUACUACUGCUUGACUUGCAGGAUGAAUGGAGAGAAAAUUCUCAAUCCAACUCAAGCGCCCGUCGAUUCCCCCUCACGUUCUCGGAGCCUGAAACCAUUGAAAUCGAAGCGGACAUGCGACGUGCGGAUUUGGGCAUCAAGUUAAUGAAGGAUAUUGAGCGCGAUCUGAGAAAUCUAUGGCCUCAGAAAGGCGUCGUGGAACAUGAAAGCUACGAGCAAGUCAAGGCAUUGCUCAAAGAGCGAAAGGAGGAACUCAUCGCCCAGUAUUGCACUCUCCCAGGUUGGGAUACAGCUGUCUUUGAGCAACUCUGGCCAUUCGACGAUUGA